UUUAAUGAUUUUCUGUAUGACCGUCUGUAUGACCGGGACAGGUCUGUUCAGGAAUCCACUUACAGGAAGUUGUUCCACAGAACAACCAGUUUGAACAGCUGCAGAUAUGGAAUGCAGCUCUCAAUAAUUCAUCUGAGCUUCUCUUUCAAAUCUGACUGUUAGUUCCUAAAAAAGCCCACAGUGCUCAUUGUGUUUGGCCUGUCGUAUUUUGUUUGGCAGAUUACCAAAGGAGAUGAAUAACAAAUAAAAAAUAGAUUAAUGUCAACUAAAAUAAUGUAAAUAUACAGAUGACUUGGUGCCUCAGCAGUUAUUCAUAUUGUGAGUUUGUAUCUUGAGGAAUGUCUUUAAAUCUUAAUAUGUAGGGCAAAAUAAACAUUUUAAUAAACUUAAAAAUAACUAAAAAGUAAAACAAUACAGUGGUAAAUGUUUUGCAGAUUUUAAAAGGGAAAAAAAUACUUAAUUUGAAAUUACAUUAAAAGCAGUAUUUUUGUGUUGGAGUAAGACCUUAUCAACAGAUGCCCAUUAGGGUCAAAAAGCUCUGAGGAGUGCAAACUUUAGCAAAAUAACAAGAACAUCAGACUCCCCUUCACCACUGGCAACAUGUGAGCAGGUGAAUGUGUAAAACAAUAACAUUGAGUGAUGCAAGUUUUGUAACCAUUUGUAUAGUAAUAUGGCGUCACCCAGACCAGAUUUUUAUGGUUAUAUGUUACAAAGCCGCCAAUAUUUUUCUGCAACUGGGCACCAAUUCAUUAAUUUUCAACAACAUUUUGAUGGAUAUUUGCAGAAAGUAAUGGUAGAAACUACAUAUUGUCUCUUUAAACUAGCAACAGUCACGGUGAUGUGGUGUAAAACUAUACCCUUAAAUGUAUGGACUGCUCCCUAGUGCCAGGAAACUACACACUGCCGCUGGACACUUAAUUAACAAUAAUGGCAACUUUAACAAAAGGAUCCUUUGUUUAUUAAUGCUUAAUAAUGCACUGUGUAACAUUAAUAAAAUGAUUCUUAUUGUAAAAUGUCAAAUAAACCUUUAAUUUCCAUGUACUGACUUGCAAAUUUGGUUCCUUAAAGGGUGACUUAAACAUGCUUAUGUCAAUAUAGCACACUGUAUAUAAUUUUAUUGAUGCAAUAUUGAUCUAAAAUGUUGCUUUCUUUCAAAAAACAUGUUGCUUUUUCUACAUUGUCUAAGAAUUGCUGCACUGAAAUCUGUAUUUUGCACUUUUCUGCACUUCUUUAUUCAUCCUAUUAAACAAAAGAAACGUCAGUCAAAGGGGAGUGGAGAAGGUUUUAUAAUUAUGACUGUUGAAUAUUUGAGAUGUUUUUAACCAGCAAACAGGCUGAGGCAAAACAAGAUGAAAGAAACUGUCAGUCAUGUGGACUGCUUGUUUUCAGACGGCUGCCACAUUCACAACAAUUCAGAAAUACCAAUGAUCAGUCGAACACAGAAUAGAGAGCAGCGAUUUCCAGUCACAGCUUUCAGCGACUCUGACCAUAAUGUAAACAAAUCUACGCUGUCAUCACUGGUUACUGGGUGGAGUACUGUUAUUAAAUCUCUUGGAGACGAGCAGGGGAAAAAAAAGAAAGUGAAAGAGAGAAGCAACGGCUGCAGAGAGAAGAAUAAAUAUAACAAAAACUUCAGAAGCACAGAAGGAAUGAAGGUAUUUAAAGCUUAUAAGAAAGAAAUAGACAAAGACGCUGAAUCCACAGGAAAAUCUUCACGUUUGAGCUGUAGCAGAACAGAGAUGAACGCAGCAUUCAUCCAAACAGGAAAUGGGAGGAUCCUCACCAGAGCAACGUUUCUGUCUCUGGUGAACACCUACAACUGCUUCCUAAAGGACCAGACUCAGCUGCAUCUCACCUAUUCUCAGUGUGCAGACGGACAGGUGAUAGUGGACGGCUACUUGAAUAUCUCCUGGGGAGUACGGCGACCAAUUAGGUUGAAAAUACAGGAUGACAAACAGAUUCUACCCUUUGCACCUCUGCUCCCACCUGAUCCUACCAGUCCUGUCAGCCCAGUGGCAAGCAAGAGCAGUAUGUCACGAUGGGGAGAAUACAAUAAUCUUCACCAGAUAGACGAAGUGGCAGAGUCAGAGGCUGCACAUGAAACAGUGGUCAAAGAUCCUCUACCAGGCCCUCCCGUGUAUGAAACGGCCACCCUGCGUCCGAUGAGGCAGAAGAAUCCAGAGCUGGAGGCAGAGACUAACCUGUUUCGCUGUAUGAGCGACGCCUCGUUGGUCAAAAGGAGGAGGAGCAAAGGGAAGCCAGCAGCACAACAAGAGGAAGAAAGACAGCAUCGUUUCUCAAUCAACGGACACUUUUAUAAUUAUAAAACUUCAAUAUUCACUCCAUCUUUUGGUACUUCAACUAAAGUUCGUAUCUCCAGCAACAUGACCACAGAUCAAGUCAUCGUGCAGCUCCUACACAAAUUCAAGAUAGAAAACGAUCCCCAGGAGUUUGCGUUGUACUGCAUUCACCAGAGUGGAGAGAAGAAGAAGCUGAAUAACAGGGACUACCCGCUGUGGGAGCGCAUACUGCAGGGACCCUCUGAUGACAUCAUGAAGAUCUUUCUGAUGGACAUGUACGAAGAGGAAGUUAGCAAUGAUGUUGCUCAGUAUCUGAACUUGGAGCUUCCGAUCUUGAAGCAAGUUUUAAUUCAACUUAAAGAGGCAGAAAACAGAGAGAUUCAAAGGGUCAUUAACAAGUACCACCAACAGCACAGGCUCCUGUCCAACAUGCUAAACUGCAGGACAUCUCCUCACAUCGAGACCAGCGUCUGACAGAGUUGAACUGAGUCACUAAAGGAUAAAAGAACAUCUGAGGAACUUUGAGCCUAGCUUUUCUCCUUGUCUUGGUGAUUUUGCUAACCUGUAAAUAAAAAUGCACACAAGCUGUGAGAUCUGUGGACAUUAUGUAUAAAUGGGUGGGUUUGUCAAUAAAAAGGGGACCAGUUAA